AGGUGUUGACUGUGUCUGGAUUAUUAUUCACAUUAUGUUUUCAAUUAUUUGUAUGGUUAUGAGCUCUCACUGAUUAACACUGUUUUCAAUUGUGUUACAGGACGGCAAUACUCCACUUCACAAGUUGUUACAAGCUGACCAUUCAUACCGAGAUCACACAGAUGCAACACGUUAUUUAUUAACGUAUGGAGGAAAUGCCAAGUUAAAAAAUAGGAAUGGUCAAACUCCAGCUGACAUGUAUGUGCACAACACAUUUAGGAAGUACGAUUCUAGAAACAGAAAAGAACAGAAAAAAAUGCUCAUGCGUCUCUUACAAACGGGGAAUGUUCCAAUGGAAAUCUUGGCGCGUGGGCACGAAGCAGUGGAAGCAUUUAAUGAUGCUCUAGCUGAGGGAGAAGCAGAGGUUAAUCAAGGAAGGACAGUUUUCAUGGGCCUCGAGAGAGUCGGGAAGACGUCUACUAUCAAGUCAUUUUUAAGGAAUACUUUUGAUCCAAAUGAGGGUAUUACGGACGCAAUUGCCAACACAACGGUGUUUUCCCAAGAAAUGCAUGAUGAAUUGAAUUGGAAGGAAACAUCACCUGAUCAAUCUGGCACCAAUAGCAUGUAUGAAGCAAAAAUGGCGGAUUCAAUAGCGAAGAAAAUAUUUGAAAAGGCAAAUGAGGAGAACAUAGAAGUAACAGAACAAGGCCUGUUAUCACCAGCUAAACCAGAGACUAAAUACAAUAGGGGGCAAUCAUCAAUAAAUACAGACGCCAGAACCCCGAAAAUAGAACCAAAUAUUAAAGAAAUGACAGAGACAAAAUCGAUGGAAGAGGUCCCAGAAAACAUCGCAAGUAAAGUUCAGAAUGUACUCAAGUUCACAAGAGAUGCGACAAGUGACUUGAAAAAAUCUGGCAACGAUUUUAUAAUGAACAUCUGGGACUUCGGAGGCCAACCGAUUUAUCACGUGAUACAACGAAUUUUCAUGGUAUCUUUUGCCGUCGUUUGUGUGGUAUUUAACCUAGAAGAUGAUCUUGACGCCCCCGCUAAAGUCAGGGAUCCGACUACCGGUGAAAUGUAUCAACAUCGAAUGACAUAUCUUCAGUUUAUUCUGUACUGGAUUCGUUCAGUUUACACCAACAGUAGAGAUUCAAAAUUGGAUGAUGGGCAACUUUCACCGCCAGUACUAGUGAUUGGUACGCACUUAGACAGCCUUGAAGGGAAUGAAGAGGAAAAGAAAAGAAAGGCCGAAGAAAUAUUCAAUAAAAUUCGGAAAGAAUUGGAAGGAAAACCUUAUGAAGCAAUGGUGUUCCCUACUUUCUUUGCUAUUGAGAACAGCUUACCGUUUGCCAGGAGCAACGCUUCUAACAUCAUGGACCAAAUAUUAAAGUUCGCAAAGAAGAUGGUUAGAAAACUACCUUUAAAAUGGUUGCUUAUUCUACAGGAAAUCCAGAAGUUGAAAGUAAAGCAUAUCUAUCUACCAACCAAAAAGGUGAUUGCUUUGGUUGAGCGGUGUGGGGUCAAACAAGAUGCUCAAAGGGUGCUGCUUGAGUAUUUACACGACCUUGGUGAGAUUCUGUACUUUCCUGAUGACAAAGCCUUGAGGGAUAUUGUUGUUCUAGAUGUGAUGAAAUUAGUUGACAUGUUUAAAACAAUAAUCACCGUUAUUGAUCCAAAGUUUAUGAAACCAAAGCACAGAGAAGCCUGGAGGAGAUUGGACAAGGGGAUCCUAGAGGAGCAUCUGUUAAGACACCUAUGGAAGGAGUUCAAUUUUUCAGAUGAAACGUUCGACUUCUUUGUAUCUCUCAUGCAGAAGUUUGGGCUGGUGUGUGAGAAAAAAAUUACAAUGGGUGGUGAACGUCUUUUCUACGUUCUUUCACGCUUGCAGCCUAAACGAAUAGAUGCCACACAAACUAAGGAUUACGGGAUUCGGGCAGUUUCUAUCUUUCAUGAUUUUGAUCGCUAUCUACCUGAUGAUCUUUUCCAGCGGGGAGUAACUAAGUUCAUUGAGAGAUUCCAAGUAAAAGACGAUGAGCCUACAUUAUCUUAUGAGCACGUGGAGUUGAGUAUCGAUGAACUUCACCUCGUGGUUUUAAGCGUAGCCUCAAUCAAGCAUCGUCGUAUGUUUAAGACAACAAUCAUCAGACGAAAUAUUUUCAAUGCCGCUCAGCUUACCCAGGAAGAUGAACCAUCGCCGAAAGUGUUGACAUUCCUCGAAAGAGAACUAAAGAUAUUUUGUGAGAGCGGUGCAAGGGGCGUGGAAUUAACAAGGUACAUUGCUUGCGAUUGUGGGGACGCUCACAUGCAUACUGUGCACCUAUUUGACAUGGAUGUGUUGCCAUGUGGAAGCAAUGGAAUGGAAGUGACGCGCUACCGCAGACUAUUUGAAGAUGACGUGCAACAACAAG